GGUCGUCUGCUCCUGCCCGGCUCAAUCUGCGCCGACGCGGCUGCCGGAUCCCGGGGACUCCCCGCGCCGGGAAUCUCCCGCCAGCUGCGCGCGGCGUCCCUGCGACGGCAGGAGCACGUGGAGCGGCCCGGGAGACAGAGCGGUAGCUGCAGCCCAGCCCAGCCCGGCGGCGACAUGGAAGAUCUACAACCAAAUGUGGAACUGAAAAAUACUCAGGAGCAGUCAGUGCCCACAGAAGAUCCAGCGAUUUUGAAUGACUACAGUUUAACCAAACCUCAUGAAAUAGAAAAUGUGGACAGUGCAGAAGGCCCGGCUAAUGAAGAUGAAGAUACAGGAGAUGAUUCAAUGAAAGUGAAAGAUGAAUACAGUGAAAGGGAUGAGAAUGUUUUAAAGCCAGAGCCCAUGGGAAAUGCGGAAGAGCCUGAACUUCCUUACAGCUAUUCAAGAGAAUACAAUGAAUAUGAAAACAUUAAGUUGGAGAGACAUGUUGUCUCAUAUGAUAGUAGUAGGCCAGCCAGUGGAAAAAUGAACUGCGAUGUUUGUGGAUUAUCCUGUAUUAGCUUCAAUGUCUUAAUGGUUCAUAAGCGGAGCCAUACUGGUGAACGCCCAUUCCAGUGUAAUCAGUGUGGGGCAUCUUUUACUCAGAAAGGUAACCUCCUCCGCCACAUUAAACUGCACACAGGGGAAAAACCUUUUAAGUGUCACCUCUGCAACUACGCAUGCCAGAGAAGAGAUGCACUCACGGGUCAUCUUAGGACACAUUCUGUUGAGAAACCCUACAAAUGUGAGUUUUGUGGAAGGAGUUACAAGCAGAGGAGUUCCCUUGAGGAGCACAAAGAGCGCUGCCGUACGUUUCUUCAGAGCACUGAGCUGGGAGAGUCUGCAAGUGUGGAGGCAAGACACAUCAAAGCAGAGAUGGGAACUGAAAGAGCUCUCGUUCUGGACAGAUUAGCAAGCAAUGUGGCAAAACGAAAAAGCUCAAUGCCUCAGAAGUUCAUUGGUGAGAAGCGCCAUUGCUUUGACGUCAACUAUAAUUCCAGCUAUAUGUAUGAGAAGGAGAGUGAGAUAAUACAGAGCCGAAUGAUGGACCAAGCCAUCAAUAACGCCAUCAGCUAUCUUGGCGCUGAAGCCCUGCGCCCCUUAGUCCAGACACCACCUGCUCCCACCUCAGAGAUGGUUCCAGUUAUCAGCAGCAUGUAUCCCAUUGCCCUCACCCGUGCUGAGAUGCCAAACGGUGCCCCCCAGGACCUGGAGAAGAAGAACAUCCACCUGUCAGAGAAGAACAUGCCUUCUGAGAGAGGUCUGUCCCCCAACAACAGUGGCCACGACUCCACGGACACUGACAGCAACCAUGAAGAACGCCAAAAUCACAUUUACCAGCAAAAUCACAUGGUCCUUCCUCGGGCUCGCAAUGGGAUGCCACUCUUGAAGGAGGUCCCCCGCUCUUAUGAACUCCUCAAGCCCCCACCCAUCUGCCCAAGAGACUCCAUCAAAGUGAUCAACAAAGAAGGGGAGGUGAUGGAUGUGUAUCGGUGUGACCACUGUCGCGUCCUGUUUCUGGAUUAUGUGAUGUUCACUAUUCACAUGGGUUGCCAUGGCUUCCGCGACCCUUUUGAGUGUAAUAUGUGUGGGUAUCGAAGCCAUGAUCGGUAUGAGUUCUCAUCUCACAUAGCCAGAGGAGAACACAGAGCCAUGCUGAAGUGAACAUCAUCCUAGAGAAUGCUCCUGAGUAUUCAACAUCAUUUUUAAGAACUGAUACCUGCUACAUAACAAUCACUGUCAGAACUAACUCAGUUCCAAACUCCUUUCCAUACCAUUUUUAGGAUCUAAAGGGUCAGUUUCACAAGGGCAGCCAGAGAAACGCUGUCUUCAUUCAGAAAUUGUUUGCAAGUCAAUCAUGUUAUUACUUUUGUGAAACCUUUGUUUUCCCGUCAGAGACUUGAAUCUUAUGAUAUUUAAAAGCCAUUGAAGUAUUUGGUCAUUACCUCUUGCAGCAAUAGAAAGGCCAGGCAUCCACUGAAGUUUGUUGCCAGUCAGAACAGUCCUCCAGUUAUACUGCAUGAGACAUUCUUUCUCAGAUACAUCCGUCAUAUGUGGAAAAGCCUUUUGGUCAAAUGCCCAAAUCCACAGAGACAAAAAGCUGACCAGCUGACCUUGCUGGGAAGCCUUGCCCUUCUGCACUUAACACAAAUCUGAAGGGUUGUGAUAUAAUCUCCCCAUCCCAAAUUAUAGUCUAAGGAAAAGAACAAUCACAAAAUAAGUGUCUGUUACUGGUAGCUGAAGACCCUAUCCUUCAAGCCUCAGAUCCAUUCGCUGUCAAUGCACAGGUAAAAGAACAAGUCAUCUGAUGAUACUUAUACUUCCACCCUUUACCCUCCCAUCUCCAAUUAAAGGCUGCUUUGGGUUAAACCAAAUGUCUGUAGGAGAAGUUUUAUACCAGAAGAGCCAGUGGUCUUAAAUAUAGACUGUCAUUGAAACUAGAAAGUUGUUCACUGUGGGUGACAGCAUCCACUUCCUUUGAUCAAGAUUGACAGAGUAGGGGCCUGAGGGGGGAAACGGUUUAGCCAUUCCAACUGGAGAAGAAAAAACAAGCUGCCUAAAAGGACCUGGUCUCCUUCAUGGAGUGCUGGCAUACAGAGCCAAAGCAAACUUGCCAAUGACUUUUUUCAAAUAAUUCAAAGGGUGUGGUUUAGUCUCCCCCUCCCCAUAGGGGAGGAAUUGGGGGUAGAUGCCAUGAGUGUUGUUAGAUCAUAACUGAGCUUCAUGAUGGGGUGAGGGGACACCUCUGCUGAAGGUUCUCCUUGAUCAGACAAUUUUCCCCCCAUUUUAAAUGAAGCUGCUGUAUUCUAAGAAGAUUCUCGAAAGUCUGAUCUUGGGUCUGCAGAUGUAUCGAUCAUCUUUACCGUUAGUAAUAAUGAGGGACAUGCUAUCUACGAGAAAUGCUGUGAUAAUCGUAAAAUUAGCAGCAGGCGGGGGGGAGGGGGCGUCACAAAAACUGUUAAUUCCAUAUUUGCCACUAAUUAGCUCUGUGACUUUGGGUGAAUCUCUUAACUCUGAAAAAUAAGUUUCCUCAACCAUAAAAUAAGAGUUGGAUUUAGAUGAUUGCUAAGAUCUCUUCCAGCUUUAAAUUAAUGUGAUCAUGCAGUAAGCACAAGUUAUUUUUUAAACCUUUUAAUUUAUGGGUAUUAAGCAGAAGAGUGUAUGACUAUAUGUUUCACAUUGCUUUAGUGUGAAAAUGGUAGUGCGUUUGAUUUUUCCUUUAACCAUUGAGUUGUGAAUAUGAAGAGAAUGGUGGGGAGGAACAAAAAACAGGAAGGUAUUUUCAGCUUGCCCCAAAGUGUACAUACAGACUGGCACCUGCAGCUGCUUGCCAAAGCCUUUUUUUUUUUUUUUUUUCCUUCUUAAGAACUUUUAUUCCAAACCGACUACGGUCAAGUCGAUCCCACCUCAUAGUGACCCUAUAGGACAGAGUAGAACUGCCCCAUAGAGUUCCAAGGCUCUAAAUCUUUACAGAAGCAGACUGCUACUAUCUUUCUCCCAUGGAACGGCUGGUGGGUUCGAACUGCCAACCUUUUGGUUAGCAGCCUGGUCCUUUGACCACUGUGCCACCAGGGGUCAGAACUUGUGUUAGGGAAAAUAAAUUCUGUUCCAGGAACAACUUCAUGGAACCAAUUUACAAAUUAGAGUCAGCUUUGUGAAUAUUUCUACCAGAGCCAAGAAACCCAAAUUCCCAGUAGUUUAGUGCUUUAUGUAUCUGCCUUGAUAUUUCUAAAGGGCUUAUGCAUUAGGCUCACACUCAACUCGUUUAUGUGCUGCCAGUAAUUAAAACAUUCCACCUCAGCCUGCACAAAUGGCUUAUCCUUCUUUGAAGCAUGGUGUCUGUCUCAGGGAAAAAGGUUUUAUGAGAUACCAUGGCAACAGUCCCAACAUGUUUGAGAUUUCACCUAAAGGCCUAGAUGUAUUUUGGUGCAUAGUCUUCAGCGUAUCACUGUAUUUCCGUAAUACUAGAUCCCAAGAUAUGCCAGAUUGCUUAUACCCAUUGUGAAAGAGGAGCUGCUUAUUAUAUUCUUGAAAUAUCAUACAUCCUGCUGACUCUUUGAGAGUCAAGAGAAAGAGAAUUUGGAAGCAGGGAUUAGUAGGAGAGAAAGCUUGGGGAAGGGAGUAUUUCUCCUAGAUUAGUAGAAAACUUUGGUGAAGAAACCAACCUCUGCAUCUCAAAAUGGUAAACCCAAGGCCCAUCCCACCAACCUGGGGACACUUUUUGUAGCUAUAACCCUCCUUUUUCCUGUGACUAAUGGAGUUGCUAAGUGGUUUCCGUUCUUCUGAGGUCAGUUUUCUGAGUGGGGCGACCAUUCACAAAGGCUGCCCUGUCAUUGUAGCAUUCUGAGCUUAGAUUGGGACACAAACAUUCCAAAGAAAGUUUCUAUAUGGAACUCCAUGUUCUCAAGUCUUAAAAUUGAGCCAGGAUGGUAUGCAGUGGCUUCCACCACACAGGCAAACACUUCUUCUGUACUUACUCUUUGUACUAAUUAAUAGCCACUCUCCUCCCCACUCUUGCUGGGACUGGGAAGAGGAUCCUAGGAAGAUGGCUACAGAGAAGAGUGGAUUCAGGGCUAGCAUCUGACCCUGUUGGGCAGUGAAGUCCUGUAGCAGCUUCAGGUAGCACAUUGACUUUCUCAGUCCCUCUGAACACAGAGCUCUGUAGGUCGUCUUCUUUCUCAUCAGCCCUCUUGUUAGCUAGCCCUCCCACCACACACCCAGGAGGCCAAAAUCUGAGGAACAGUCAAACCCACUGGAACAUCCCUUGCAGCCAAGGUAACAGAAUGGGGAUGAGGGUGGAAAAGGAAGAAAAUCAGCUCACCAAAUGUUCCCCUGUCACUUUUUGGAUCGUUGCACAUUUACUUCCUACUGGCAGAGAACUAAAUAAAAGUGUCUCCCCAUGGCCCUCUGCCACUAUCACCAGAAAAAAAGAGAAACAACAAAAGAUAACUAAUAAAUUCACCAG